AUGGGAAAAAGAACACACGAUGACUCUGUUGCCGACGUCUCCAUGAAUGAGACCAUUGACGGACCAUCCGUUGAGAAGGAUGAGUACGAUCAACUCUGCACUUUGGUCAAUUCAAUUGCUCAACCCUUAGCCAAUAGAAAAGUUGCCAAGAAAGUUUAUAAGUUGGUCAAGAAAGCUUCCGGUGAAACUCAUCAUUUACGUCAAGGAUUGAGAGAUGUACAGAAGGCUAUUAGAAAGAAUGAGAAAGGAAUCCUUAUUUUGGCUGGUAACGUAACUCCUAUUGAUGUAUACUCCCAUUUGGCUGCUAUUUGUGAAGAGAAAGACAUUCCAUACGUCUAUACCCCAUCUCGUGAACAUUUGGGUUUGGCUGCAGGUCAUCGUAGGCCCGCCAUUCUUCUUUAUGUUAAACCAAAUGCUGAUUAUCAAGAAUUGUACGAUGAUGUCGCUGAAACCGUUGGAAAAUUAGUUGUUGAUUGA